AUGUCCACGUAUCGUUGCGCUCGCAUCGCUCGCAGCUGCACCUUCCAAAAUGGAAAAGAGAGGAAGGAGAAUGCUGAAAAGAUCAAAAACAAUGUAGAACGCAUACCUAUUAGUGAUGCUGAACUCGAGCCAUGGUAUCCACGUGGUAUACCCGGCAUCGUAGGUGGCGCCAACAAUGGUAAGCAUGGCGAUGUUCCGUGGCUAUAG